AUGUGUCAAUCAAUUCUGACAUUGCGGGUCUCCAUCGCAUGCUCGCACGCUGGACAAGAGUUCGAAGACACUGGUAAUCAGAAGCCAGUGUACGCUAACACGCGAGAGGGCAAGUCGCGCAGGGAAGUGGGUAACGCCAAAGCGGAAAAGGUCAAGCCCAGAGGUAGCAUAGAGGGGUAA